AUGUCCCAUAAACAUAAUAUUGAGGCUGUGGAUAGGACUCUUCGGGAUAUAUUGCACAUCAAGCAUCGCCACAGUAAAGUUAGAACCUUUGGAGGUUUAACUGUUGUAUUUGGUGGAGACUUUUGCCAAACAUUGCCCGUUGUUCCGAAAGGAACAAGAAAUCAGAUUCUAAAUGCUUCCAUUAAGAAAUCUUACAUCUGGGAGCACAUAACGGUGUUGAAAUUGACGCAAAACAUGAGAUUGCGUUGCUCUAUGGGAGCGUCUGCAUCGGAAUCUGAGGAGAUUUCUGCCUUUAGCUCUUGGAUUCUAAAGAUCGGAGAUGAUACUCCUAUUUCUGAUGUUGUCAACUCAACAUAUCCUGACCUAUCAACAUGUUAUGCUGAUUACAAGUACUUGGUUGAACGAGCCAUAUUGGCCCCGCAUCAUGAAGCAGUAUCAACAAUCAAUUCUCAUGUUCUGCUGCAGUUUCCUGGUGAGUCUAGAUGUUACCUGAGCAGCGACUCCAUUGAAGUUGAUCCCGGACAGCCAAAUAUUAUGGAGAGUGAUUAUUCGACAGAGUUUUUGAACUCUUUAAGAGUAGGCAAUUUCCCUGAUCAUGAUCUGAAGCUGAAGAUCGGAUGUCCGGUUAUUCUCCUCAGGAAUUUGGAUGAAAGUAUUGGUUUGGUUAAUGGAACUAGGUUGGUUAUCACAAAAUUGGGCACAUGGUUUAUUGAGGUUGAAAUUUUGACUGGCACCAACAUUGGUGAGCGUGUAUUCUUACCUAGGCUGAAGUAUCCUAUUGCUCUAUCAUUUGCCAUGACAAUCAACAAAAGCCAAGGUCAAACUCUAAACCAUGUAGGCCUGUACUUGCAUAAGCAGGUAUUUUGUCAUGGACAGUUGUAUGUAGCAUUGUCACGUGUUACGCGAAAGGCAGGAAUUCGAAUCUACAGUUGCAACACUGAUGGAGAGCAUGUAUUGACUAUGCAAAAUGUUGUCUACAGAGAGAUUUUAGAAUGA